GUCCACUCAGAACUGAUAACAGAACUCCUAAUAGCUACUGCAGAACAACCUGUUGCGAUCAUGCGGUUUGUCUGGUUUUGCGUUUUUGUUUCUGCUUUCACCGGCGGCUUUGUAACCGAACAAUCUCCUCCGCCUCCCGGUAGCUAUCAAGAAGUCCCGGUGAACCGUACCGAUGUUUUAGAAGCGGCGCAGUUUGCUGUGGAUGAAUUCAACAAAGCCAACACAGAAGACAUGUUUAAUUACGCAAUUUUGGACAUAACAUCGGCUGAAGUUCAGGUUGUCGGAGGAUUUAACUACUUCCUGGAAAUGCUCCUGGGACGUACAACGUGCAAGACUGGCAACGCUGCUGCUGUUAAAGGCAACGCUGCUGCUGUUAAAGGCAACGCUGCUGCUGUUAAAGGCAACGCUGCUGCUGUUAAAGGCAACGCUGCUGCUGUUAAAGGCAACGCUGCUGCUGUUAAAGGCAACGCUGCUGCUGUUAAAGGCAACGCUGCUGCUAACGACUGUGAUUCCAACUCUGAACCCAAGGCAAGUGAACUUAAGUGCACCUUCACCGUUAAUGAAGUCCCUUGGGAAGAUUCACGUGUCCUUUUUCAAAAGGAAUGUAAAGUCAACCACUGA